AUGGCAUCAGGUGAGGGCUUUAGCCAUGUAAAUGUGGAUCUAAACAAGUUCCCUGUGAACUUGUUGGACGAGAAAGACGCCAACACAGCCUACGGAACGACCAACGAGAUCCAUCCUUUGAAUGAUAUUGAAUAUAAGCACGUAUACAAGACAAUUCUCGAGAGGGAUGCCAGAGUUGCCAGGACAUUUGGGUCUCAGGAGGUUUUAAAGUCAUCAAUUGAAUGCAACAUGUGUGCCAAGUCAUCUAGACUUCCUGGCAUGAAGAGUAGCAUGUUAUCGCUUGAGAUUUUAAUGGGCGAACUCGACUCAAUAAAGCCUUACGAAUACGUAAACACAGAAAAACCGACCAACGAGUUUGGAAUUGGUGGCAUUCACUCACACAUUGAAAAUCGUAUGGGCAUUUAA